GCCUGCAGCUUUCAACUGGGUGCAAACAGAGUACAGUGACUAAUCCAGGCGUGUUUCAACAGAUGGUUAGAGCUGGCCUAAUUCAGUCACUGCAGUUGAAUGGGGUUGAGAGGAGAAGCUAUUGAGAGUCCUUUUCGGAGCUGUGUGGUCUCAGAGCUUCCUGGCAUUGUUAAGGGGAUCCUUUUUAAGAAGCCCGUGUCCUAGAAAUGAGAGAAGACUGACUGAUAAAGAGUACAUAUUGGAAUCAGACUUCAUAUAUGAUGUCCUCAUGGAUGUGCAUUUUCUGUGCCACGUCAACAAUUAAGCCGUAAUAAAGUUACCAGUUCCAGGACCUUUCCUUCCCCACUGAAGGUUUAAAAAUACUGAAGAGCUGAAAGUAAACGAAGAAAGGAACUCCUUUCCUAACCCCGGAAGGACAAAAGGUCUUGAGUGAGACAAAAUGUCACAGUCAAGACUUGCCUUUGGAUUGAUUGUGUUGGGGCUUGUUGCUUUUGUGAGUCCUGGGUUAGCUGUCCUUUCUCAGCGAUUGAAAGGCCGAUUUCAACGGGAUCGCAGGAAUAUUAGACCAAACAUCAUCCUCAUUUACACAGAUGACCAGGAUGUGGAACUUGGAUCUUUGGAAGUAAUGAACAAGACCAGGAAGAUAAUGGAGCAAGGAGGAGCCCACUUCACAAAUGCAUUUGUGACAACACCCAUGUGCUGCCCUUCAAGAUCAUCCAUGCUGACAGGGAAAUAUGUCCACAACCACAAUACCUACACAAACAAUGAGAACUGUUCAUCUUCCUCCUGGCAGGCCACACAUGAACAACAGACAUUUGCUGUGUAUCUGAACAGUACUGGUUAUAGGACAGCUUUCUUUGGAAAGUAUCUGAAUGAGUACAAUGGCAGCUACAUUCCACCUGGUUGGCGUGAGUGGGUUGGAUUAGUAAAGAAUUCUCGGUUUUACAAUUACACACUCAAUAGAAAUGGUGUAAAGGAGAAGCAUGGAUUUGACUACUCAAAGGAUUACCUGACAGACUUGAUGACAAAUGACAGCAUCAAUUACUUUAAAUUAUCCAAGAAGAUUUACCCACACAGACCAGUUAUGCUGUUGAUCAGUCAUGCUGCACCCCAUGGCCCUGAGGACUCAGCUCCACAAUUUUCCAACCUCUUCCCUAAUGCUUCCCAGCACAUUACCCCCAGCUAUAAUUAUGCACCCAAUCCAGACAAGCACUGGAUCAUGAGAUAUACUGGCCCAAUGAAACCUAUCCACAUGGAAUUCACUAAUAUGCUACAGAGGAAGCGCCUGCAGACUUUAAUGUCCGUGGAUGAAUCGAUGGAAAAGCUCUAUAACAUGCUUGUUGAAACAGGAGAAGUGGACAAUACGUACAUCAUUUACACAGCAGACCAUGGCUAUCACAUUGGACAGUUUGGGCUAGUGAAAGGAAAAUCGAUGCCCUAUGAGAUUGAUAUCCGAGUGCCAUUUUUCAUGCGGGGUCCCAAUGUGGAGCCAGGAUCAAUAAUUCCUCAACUUGUUCUAAAUAUAGACCUUGCCCCAACAAUUUUAGACAUUGCCGGUCUGGACAUUCCAGCUGACAUGGAUGGCAAAUCCAUUCUAAAGCUUUUAGACACCGAAAAACCGGUCAACAGGUUCAAUUCAAACAAGAAAACAAAGAUUUGGCGAGAUUCUUUUCUUGUGGAAAGAGGUAAACUGCUGCACAAGAGGGAUGAACGCAAGAACAGCCAAGAGGAAAAUUUCCUACCUAAGCAUGAAAGAGUGAAAGAUCUUUGCCAGAAGGCAGAAUACCAGACACCUUGUGAGCAAUUUGGUCAGAAAUGGCAGUGUGUAGAAGAUUCCACUGGAAAGCUUCGGCUUCAUAAGUGCAAAGGAAUGGCUAUCACAGCAGUCUCUGAGAAAAGGAGGUCUAACCGCUUCCAGUCCAAGUACUACAACACUGACGGAGGAGACUGCGAUUGUGAAGAAAAUGGAUCCAAAAUUAAUGCAGCAGCUCGACAGAAACAGACCCUUUUGUCCAAGCGAAAAUUUAAGCAAAGCUACAUACGGAAUAGGUCAAUCCGUUCAGUAUCCAUUGAACUCGAAGGAGAAGUCUAUGAUCUGGAUCUGGAUGAAGGAUUUGAUCCAGUUGUGCAAAAGAAUGUCACUAAACGACAUGAUGUAGCUGAUGAGGAAGAAGAGAAUAUGGGUGAAAGUAGUGGCACUGACAAUAGCAAUGAAUUAAUUGUGCCCAGUUCGAUUAAAGUCACACACAAGUGCUACAUAUUGGCCAAUGAGACUGUUCAAUGUGACAAAGAUUUGUACAAAUCACUUCAAGCGUGGAAGGAUCAUAAGUUACACAUUGAUCAUGAGAUUGAAACACUUCAAACUAAAAUAAAGAAUUUACGAGAGGUCAGGGGUCACUUGAAGAAAAAAAGACCUGAAGAAUGUGACUGUUCAAGGAUGAGGUUCGUUUUGGAAUUGCAGCUUCCUUCAUCGUGUCGAGGAAAAGAUGAAGAAAACUUUAAUCAGUACAGGCAAUAUCAGCGUCGGAAAUGGCCCAAAACGAAGAGACCAAACACCAAGUCCCUAGGACAACUUUGGGAAGGCUGGGAAGGCUAGCCUCCUGAAAAAAGCUGACUCCUUCAGCAUCAACUGGCAACAACUUGAAACUUUAUACAGACAGGGUGAAAACCUAUACCUUUAUCAACUGAAUUUCAAUUUUAGCCUUGAAGACUGAAUAAACUAAGGGGCUGAUGUAGGUAGAAUGUUUGCACUGUUGGGAAAUUUUAAUAGAUCAGUAAACUGUCAAGGAUCACUUAUGUAAGUGAAGGUGGAAUGCCUCUAUCACUGGUUGCUAGACUAUCUGCUGUAACUCAAAGUAAUGCCUCACUUUGUUCACAAGCCAUCAUUUUGGAACGCAGCUCUCUUGAAUUAUGGGAACUGGCUGAUUCUACAGGAGCAAAGGAAGAAGGUGGUGUUUAUUUUUUGGUAAAGCACCUUGAUUUCAAGAUGUUUCCAUUACCAAUGCAGCUAUAAAUUUGUUGACAAAGAACCCAUGCAAGAAUCAACCACUGCCAAUGAUUUUGGAAAAUAAAGUGAGGUGAAAGAAAGUUUGUAAGACCGGAACAGAGGUCAAAAUCAAUGCAAGGGAAAUAAAUGUAUAAGCAUGCAAAUAGAAGGAAUGAAUUGAUUGGUGAAGACCUUCUAGAAAAAGGGUUUGUUUGAAGUGAAAAAGAAGUGAAUAUUCAAAUUGUUAAUAAUGGUUUUAUCAACUGUCAGCCCCAUUUUGAGGAAUCUGCUUGGUUUGAGCACUUGCAUAUCUGUCGGCCUCUGCCAUUAUUAUUUCUAGACAGCUUUGAGAUGCACAGGUUAAGAAAGACCAGCUUCUGUACAAUACUUAGAAUUAUAUCUUGUAAAUACUUACAACUUUUAUGCCCAUCAAUGAAGUUUAUUAGAGUGAUUUAGAAUUUGAGUCGAUGCAAACAGGAAUGCCCAGCUACAUACAGUAAUAUCAGGAAGAAAGAGUCAUCAUUAAAACUUCACCGUUUGAUUCACCAAUUAUUGAUGCAUUUUAAAAUCUUUUUUCGUGCUGAUUUGUUCAAUUUCAUGACUCCAGCUGGCAGACUGAUUGAGACUGUUUUAAAACUCACUGAAAUCAGGUUCUGAAAUUACCUUUUUAAAAUUGUCUUAAUUUCAGCACAACAAAAUGAGUUUAAAAUAAAUCCUUAAUUGAGUAAUAAAAUAAUUUGCAUCUGUUCCAAAAAUGCAACCUUCUAUACUGACAUUUCUGAUGGGUUUUUUUUCCUCAAUCAAAGAUUUGCUGCAAUUCUCCAUGCCCACCCCCACCCCUCCAUCCCACAACCUGGAUUGAUAGAACCCUCCACCAUGUCCAUUGUGUUUUAAACAAUUUUGUUUUUUCAAUCCUUCUCUUCCCUUCAAGGGCUCCCCUUAUUUUCACCUUUAAGCCAAGCAACUGCCAUUUUCACUGGACCAUUCUCUGCCUCUUCCUCUACUUCAAUCCUGCUGCCACAGCCAAAAGCCUCUCCUCCUCCCCUUUUAGCAAUCCAAAGGAGCAGUUUCUUCUGUGAUGUCCUAGUUCAAUCCUCAGUUUUUGCCAAACACUGCUGCCCUUCACGCAAGCACAGGAGAUGCAACAAUUGCCUUUUUACCCCUAACUUUCUCACUGUCUAAGGCCUCGAGUUCUCUUUCCAGAUUAAAUAGUAUUUCACUUGAACUUUCAGUCAGGUAUACUGAAUUCGCUGUCCUCCACAUGGGAAAUCCAAGCUUAGAAUGGGUGACUACUUUGUGGAGACUCAUGCAUUCAGCUCAUAAGCUUGGCCUGGACCUUGCAGCCUCCUGCUGUUUACAUUCUCCAUCUUGCUUCCAAUCUGACCAACCUGUUGUUGGCUUCCUGCAGUGUUCCAGUGAAGCUCAGCACAACGUCACCAAUUCAUUUUUUUAAUCAAGCAGUUUAAUAUCUUUUGGAAUCAACAAACCAGUCCAUUUAUUCUCCUCUCCAGCCUCCCCCUCUUUUCCUGCUCAAAACCUUUUUAUGUUUCUAACCGUUACCAGUUCUGAUGAAAAGUCACAGACACGAAAAAUUAACUCUGUUGAUUUCUCCACAGAUUUGCCAGGCUGGCAGAGUAUUUUCUGCAUAGUCUGCUUUUAUUUCAGACUUCCACCUCUACAGUAUUUAUGUUUGAGAUUUGCAGCUUAAUCUGAGAUAAAUAUCAGGUCAGUAAGAGAUUUGGUCAGGCUAAAUAUAAUGGUCCAUCUGCCAAAAAAAAACGCUCUAAUGAUGAAGAAAAUAAAAUCUAUUCCAGAAAACUAAUUAAAAGUUUGGUUUUAAUGAUUCUCUCCAAACUGAAACACAAUGCUAUUUUUGACCUGUUUUUACAACUUACUUACUUCAAAGUAAAGUACUUGAUUCUUUAAGAAGAACAUUUUCUGAUAUGUAUUGUAUGAGGAAGUGUAUUAUUCCUAUUGGCUGAUCAGUCCAGAUUGUAAAGAGUUAUUUUCUUUUUAUCAUGUACCUAGUUAGUAGAUGUGCACUAAUGGUAAAGUUGUUUGAGAUUUUUAAAAAUAAGUCAUUCAAAUAGUUUCUACGGGGAUACAUUAUAAAUAAAUGAUUCGAGUAAAUUGAAUAAUCUCUGCUCCAAUCUAUAACAUGACCUUUCAAAGAGCAAGGGUGAAGUGUGGAGCUAAAAUAUUGUAGCUCCCCAACCCACAGUGCCUAUCUGUGUUGGUCCCUGUUGGAACAGCAAUUACUGAAUUUACCCUACAAUAUAUUACAAACAUUUAUCUCGACUUUUUUUUAAUGGAUGCAAAAUGAUUUUUGAGGAAGUUUGUUGCAAAUUAAUUGUUGUCAUUACCAGUGUCUGUCUAGCUAAGCUUGAGUAUUAAUGAUAUAUUAAUUCUUACAAAUAUUUCAGCCAAGAAUUGAAUAUUUGAUUUGUAACUGUAAUUUUCCUGCAGUAGUGUUAAAACUGACUGUCACUUUAGCACUGAUAAAAUCAAAUCCUAUUACAGAUGUCAGCUACAAGACUGAAUACUUUGUUAAAGAUGUUAUUAAAAUUUUACUGUGUUUAAGAAAUAUUUGUCUAUAGCCUUUAAGCAUUCAAGUCUUAAAAUGCAUUUCUGUUCACAGUAUUCCAGUACUUUUGUUUGUCAAAUCUGUGUAUUUGUGUAGUGUUCAGCGCAACUAAGAUUAAGGACAAAUUCUAGCAUCAAUUUGAAUGAGUUUUUUUUACUACUAUUUUUCUCUUUCCUUGUUCGGUAUUUCUUGUUAUUCCUCCUUCAUAUUAACUCCUGAGGAUUAAACAGUUUCUGUGUUCUGUGUAUCUUGUAUAUCAUGUAAUCUUUAUAAAAUAAUUUUCUGUACAUUUGCUAAUGUAGAUUAGAGAUGUGAAUAACCCAAAAUAUUUCUUGGUUCUUCGCAUUCUUAAACUUUUUAAAACAAAAUUGCAAUCUGCUUUUGUUUUUGACUGAUGCAGAGGACUGCACCACUUUUGAGAUUAAAAGUUGAAAUAUUGAGCUCAAAACUCAAUUACAAAGUGGUGGAAUGUGCAGCACGCAGGCAGGCAUUCAGAACCAGUGACAACUCAUCUUAGCAUAGCAUCUUUGAUGGGCAUGAGCCUUUGAAUCUCAAGGAUACAAUAUUUGAUUAAAGUUUCCACUUUCAGCUCAAGUAUUAUAAAUGUAUUCACUUGUUUCAGUGACUUGGUCUACCUGUCUUUCUUCAUGUUUGAUACCCACUCGACACCUCUCUGUGGUGCUUAUUUGUAGUGGUUCUGAAUGCUACCUGAAUGAGAUAAACACUUCAGCUAGCAAAAUGAUGAUUUCAGGAACAUUAGUAAACGAGGCACUGCAAAAUAAAUCAAAUGCAAAGAUGUUACACCAGAAUUUGAGAGUAUAGAAUGGACAUCAUUGACCAAGUUUCUUUUUUAUGGGAACUAACAUUAUUUUCCAAGAAAUACAUUUUAAGGUGCUAGAUUUAAAGAAUAAACAAUGACCAAUGACUCAAAAAUAAAUCAUUGCCUAUUCAGUUA